AUGAUUGGUCGAUGCGUGAUGGUAAAGGGCGAUGAGGACGAGCGCAGCAAGGAACGCAGGUGCUUGACGCUUGAUGUCAUCAAGAUGCGCGUUGCAGAAAUGCCAGAGCGUCAAAUCUUGAUAAUUUUGAGCAUGACGGUGAUGCAAGGCAUUGACAAGCGGGCUGAAGAUCGAUCUUCGGCGAUCGAUAGCCGAAAUGCAGCUCUGGACUCGCGCAUCUAG